AUGGGUCUUUCCAAAUCGAGCAGGAUAUUGAUCCUGCUCACCAUCGAUUCGCUCUUUUUCCUGCUUGAGAUAACUGUCGGAUAUGCGGUCCAUUCUCUCGCGCUCGUUGCCGAUUCUUUCCACAUGUUGAACGAUGUGAUCUCACUACUGGUUGGUUUGUGGGCCGUCAAGGUCGCCAACCAAAAGACGAAUUCGAAGAUGUAUACUUAUGGGUGGCAACGAGCCGAAACUCUCGGUGCACUCGUCAACGGUGUUUUCCUUGUCGCGCUAUGCCUCUCCAUCGUCCUCGAUGCUAUUCAACGUUUUGUCGAACCUCAAGAAGUCAGCCAACCUAAGCUUGUGCUUAUUGUGGGAUCUCUCGGCUUGGCUUCAAACAUCGUCGGUCUCUUCCUUUUCCACGAUCACGGCCACAGCCACGGUGGGCACUCUCAUGACCACGGCGACGACGCCCACCUUGCAGAAGAGGGUCAUGCUCACGGGGCUGAUGCCGAAGACCACGCUGUAGCCGACGAGCGAGGGAACGUUGCGGACGUUCUCCCUCAAAAUCGCGUUGGAAACUGGCCGUCGACCGCCACCAAUGGCUCGAACACCCCUGGAAAGCGGUCUACAGAUAUAUCUUGGUCGGCGAAGAAGUAUUCGACUCCUCGCAGGUCGGCAUCAGGGAAGCGCAUCUCCAAGAAGCAUCACCGAUCGCGAUCACGAGGCUACUCUGGCCCCGAGGACAUUCCCGUCUACCCCUCAUCUUUCCGUAACAGCAUCAUUGAAUCCUCUCGCUUGGAAGAGGACUCUAGCUCCGAUGCAGACAACGAAGAUGCGGUCGCGGAUGGUGGACCUACGGAGCAGUCGCCGCUGUUAACGAAAGCUAAGAGCGUUUCUGGUCAGCCGGGCACCUCGAAGAAGAACGCUCACACUGACCACAAGCACAACAAGCCGAAAGAAGAGGGCAGCGGUGGGCAUGGCCACGAUCUCAACAUGCGCGGCGUCUUCUUGCACGUCAUGGGCGAUGCUUUGGGAAAUAUCGGUGUCAUCGCGUCAGCACUCAUCAUCUGGCUAACGGACUACUCAUGGAGGUUCUAUUCGGAUCCCGCCAUCUCUCUUAUUAUCACCAUCAUCAUUCUCGCUUCUGCCAUUCCACUGUGCAAGGCUGCCGCGCGUAUCCUUCUCCAGGCCGUGCCAGCGGGUCUUUCGAUCGAUGAUAUCAAGGACGAUAUUACCGAACUCGAUGGGAUUGUGUCUUGUCACCACGUCCAUGUUUGGCAGCUUUCCGACACCAAGUUGGUCGCCUCCCUACAUGUCCAGGUCGCUUUCGAUUUCCAAGGUGACGGCUCCGCACGCUACAUGGCUCUCGCCCGCGAUAUUCGUCAGUGUCUGCACGAAUACGGCAUACAUUCUUCUACCAUCCAGCCCGAGUUCUGUCUCGAUGAGAACCACGACCACACCGGCAACACAGACGAGAGCAGCGCCGAUGAGGCAAAUGGAUCUCACGGGAAGGGUUCAAAGCUCGGCAGCAAAACCGGCAGCGUGUGUGGAGCAGGUGAAGCAUGUUUGUUGGAGUGCUCCGAUGCCUGCGGCAACAGCAAACAAUGCUGUGAUCCUGCUACUUAG